GGAAGUUGCGUACGGGAAACUUAUGCAUGGCGUGACACUGGUCUGCAGCGUCUGCGAGGAACGCGUCCUGAUAAACGCGUCGUGUUACAUGUUCAACACGAUAUGCGGUCUGUUCGACACGAUUUCGGCUUAUAGGACUCGGGGGGCACCGCUUCUCUUAGCCAUUGUGCACCUGUCGUGGGUGUUGAACUGUGCUAGCAGAAUAGCCCUGAUGUGUUUCGCAGCGUCUUCGGUCGUUGACCAGGACGACCGUCUACAUGACUUGGCUCAGAUCGCAAGAGAAACGUUAGGCGUAAACGGUGAGUGUUGGGAGAUGAAACGAUUGUCCCGGCGUUUGAGGCAUAGCAAAGUGAAAUUCGACGUCUGUGGUAUGGUGACGGUAGACAAGACGCUUCUAUCGUCGGCAGUGAUCAGCGUGAUUUCGUAUUUGGUGAUUGUAUUGCAGUACAACUACAGUUAAACCAAAUCCCUGCAGCGAAUCGGUGUAAUUUAAAUAAUAGCGUAGAUCCGCGGCCACAACAUGUAUAUGAUAUUAUACGUAUAAUAUUACAUUAUAGAUGUCUCCUAAUUACAUUUCUACUAUACAAUCAAGUUCAUCGUUAUCGUAAUAUUGUUUAAACACAAACUUGAUUUAAAACACCCCUGCCAUGACUUGCACAGGUGCACGCUGAACCACAAACACUAAUGGUCUAUGGACAA